GUUUAUUUUGCAAACAUAUAUUUGGUUUGAAACACAAAAGUAGUACGGCAAGUACAAGAAGAGCAAGAAUUCCAAAGUGAAUGAUUUGGUACCACUAUUUAAUUUUGGCGGAUAAGUUUAUAAUAUAAAAACUAUAAAGCCUCUUAGGUCCCUCCUCCCUGAAGAAAGGCUGCGAAAGCUCCCUUCCACAUUUGCUGCGGCCGAUAUCGUCCUUCGUGUACCUAAAAAGGAGCAGGCUUUGUCUGAUUGAUUAAAGGGAUGGUGAAGUUCACCGGUUAUUGUUCUUUGAUUUCUUCAUUUACUCCAUUUCCUUCUAUUAUUCUUAAUAAACAUCACAGAUUAUCAUUAAAUUUAUGUUUCAACAAUUCAACUAAGUCAAGAAGCUUCUCUGCUUCUCCUCAAAAACUUCAACUGCAUGCAAAAGCUGAGAUGGGUGUUGGCCGAUAUCAUCCUCCUUUGUUUAGUGUUGCUCCUAUGAUGGACUGGACAGAUCAUCAUUAUAGGACUCUUGCUCGCCUCAUAUCAAAGCAUUCUUGGCUUUAUACAGAGAUGCUUGCAGCUGAAACAAUUGUCUAUCAACAGGGAAACCUGGACAGAUUUCUGGCAUUUUCUCCUCAACAGCAUCCAAUUGUUCUGCAAAUUGGUGGGAGUAAUUUGGACAACCUAGCAAAAGCGACUGAACUUGCUACUGCAUAUGGCUAUGAUGAGAUUAAUUUCAAUUGCGGUUGUCCUAGUCCAAGAGUGGCUGGACAUGGGUGCUUUGGUGUCCGUCUUAUGCUUGAUCCAAAGUUUGUUGGUGAAGCUAUGUCAGUUAUUGCAGCCAACACAGAUGUUCCUGUUAGUGUUAAAUGCCGAAUUGGAGUAGAUAAUCAUGAUUCAUAUAAUGAGCUUUGUGAUUUUAUCUAUAAGGUCUCUUCUCUGUCCCCAACAAAGCACUUCAUAAUACAUUCACGUAAAGCUCUGCUGAAUGGCAUCAGUCCAGCUGAAAACCGAAAAAUUCCUCCUCUUAAGUAUGAAUAUUAUUUUGCUCUCUUACGUGACUUUCCAGACUUGAGAUUUACGAUAAAUGGAGGCAUAAAUUGUAUUGAUGAGGUAAAUUUGGCACUGAGGGAGGGAGCACAUGGUGUAAUGGUUGGGCGUGCUGCCUUCAAUAAUCCUUGGACUGUGUUGGGACAUGUUGAUUCUGCAAUUUAUGGUGCGCCAGAGAGUGGUCUUACUCGUCGUCAGGUCCUUGAACAAUAUCAAGCAUAUGCAGAUGCCAUUUUGGGAACAUAUGGAAAUAAUAGACCUAAUGUCAGGGAUGUGGUCAAGCCUUUGCUUGGUCUUUUCUAUUCUGAGCCUGGAAAUGGUCUAUGGAAGCGCAGAGCUGAUGCUGCUUUCCAGAGUUGCACGACAAUCAAAUCCUUUUUUGAGGAAACCCUAGUAGCAAUUCCUGACACCGUCUUGGAUUCGCCCAUUGCGGAGGCACCAUCUGGUCGUCAAGAUCUUUUUACCAAUGUAAGAGGGUUGCUUCCACCACCAUAUGCAACAAGAGAACAGGACGUAGCAUAUGCUUAGCUUUUAUGAGUGGUCCAAAUCUUGUAACUGCCAUUUCCUGAAUCUUAUACUAUGAUCACACAUAUUCGUUGAAAUUUUUUGGACAAGCUGAUAAAUUCGUCUAACAUUAUGUACCAAGUAUACUAGAGGAUAUUCAAAGGAGUGACACCCUGGAUGGUGAGAUACAGAACAAUUCGACAUGUAUCACAAUACAGUAGGCCAGGAUUAGGAUAAGAUACUCAAUUUACAGACAAAAUACAAGUGUAUGACAUGUAUUCUGAUCCUUGAUAUAUGAGUAUCUUGCUGAACUUUUGAGCUGAA